GUAUAUAUAGUAUAGUCGCAGUAUUCAUUUCAUUUUUAAGUUAUGUCCUUCAGACAACGUAGUCACCUGUAAGUCUAUAGCCAUAACCAACACCACCACCUUAUUCUCCCUGUCGGAAUUCUCAAUUCUCAAAAAAAAUGGCAACAGUUGCACCGACCCGUCAACCCAAUUUAGAAUCCCUAGCUCACAUAGACAUCACUAAACUUUCCCAAUCUGAACUCCACGCACUUUCCCUUUGCUCUAACUCAGCUUACAAUCUCCGUCAUGCUAACGACGUCGUUAUUCCCCAAAUCGAUCGUUCUUUAUUCAAUGAAUCCACCUGUAGCCGCCGUCAAACGUAUUCCCGUCUCCGUCACCAACGCCACCGUUCUCGUGUGCCAGGUCAUCACCCUUCCACGUCACAACCCAAACCCGGUUCAUCAUCCGACCCGGAAACUCACUCAAUUCUUCAUUUCCUUAAGUACUUCAUUAACAACCCUAAUUCUAACUCUCCACCACCACCGCCACCGCCGCCGCCGCCAAGUGUUACCUUUCCUGCGACACAGCCGGGAAUUCAAGAAAAAUUGAUGAAUGAGUGUGAUAAAAAAAGGAAAAGAGGACGUAAACACAAGGAUAAUAAACAGGUGAAAGAUAAUAGGGUUAGGAGUGAUGUGGUAAUUGUGAAUGAAAAUGGUGAGGUGGUUGAUUUAAACAAUUUAGAGAGUAAUGGGGAUAAACUGUAUAAUGGGGAAUUGGAGAAAAGGACUGUUGGGUUAAAGACUGAAGAAGAGGUACUUGGUUUUGUUAGGGAUUUGGAAGGGCAGUGGUGUAGUAGAAGGAAGAGGAGGAAAUAUGUUGAUGCUAGUGGAUUUGGUGAUACAUUGCCUAUUGGUUGGAAGCUCUUGUUAGCUCUUCGUAGACGAGAUGGUCGCGUUUGGGUUUAUUGUCGCAGAUACGUGAGCCCUACUGGUCAACAGUUUAUAUCAUGCAAAGAGGCUUCAUCAUACUUGCGGUCCCACUUUUUGUCUGGUGAAGCAAACCAGCAAGUUGAUGCCACUGUUUCUAAAAGUGUGAGUAGCUUCCACGGUGAUACCAGUUUGGUGUUGUCAACAAACAUCCAAGAAAAUCCUCAUUCUCUUCAAAAAGGUGAUGUGGCAAAGCAUGACAUAGUUGCACAUGCAGUUGUACCCAGUUCAUCUACUCUAGACCUACAUCUCAGUGAAGUUUGCUUGAUGGAGAUGGAUAAUCUCCCUGAGGUUAAAGUUCAAGACAUUUUCGAAUGUUAUAAAUGCAACUUGACAUUUGAAGAAAAGAAUGCAUAUUUGCAGCAUCUGUUCUCAUUUCACCAGCGCACAACAAGAAGGUACAGGGUUGGGCCAUCUGUUGGAGAUGGGGUCAUAAUUAGAGAUGGAAAAUAUGAAUGCCAGUUCUGCCAUAAGGUAUUUGAAGAAAGGCGUAGUUACAAUGGUCAUGUAGGAGUCCAUGUGAGAAACAAUGCAAGAGGAACUGUGGAUGUAGCUGCUGCUGUUGCAGCAGACAAGAGUGUUCAAUCUCCACAUCAUGAUGGGUUGCCUUCAACAUGUAAAAUGGAUGCUUUAAUUGAAAUUGCCCAAAAUUCAGUUGUAGAAACUUCUAGUGCUAGACCUGCGACCAAGGGCAGCAGCAUGCCAUCUAGUACUUCAAUGGGCUUGGAUGGAAAUAUGGCUACCAACAUUGACCAAGUUGCGAGGUCGAACAUUGAAACAUGUCUUGAACAAGGCAGAGAUCAGCCUGAUAAUACCUGCAUGGGAGUAGAUAAGAAUAGGAGUGGUGAGAUCUUGGCCAACAAGUUCAAUCCGAGAGUGAUCUCAACCAAUGAUUAUGAGCAGCCUGAGGAUGAUGAGGCUAAGAAGGCUGGAAGCAACAAGGCAGUGGAGGGCCUGGGAAAAGAGCAGACAAAAGAAAAUGAUGAUGUUCAACCAGAGACCGUGGAACUAACUUUUCAGGAAAUUGCUAGUCAGAAUGCAUUAACUAGCUCUUCAGUCUCUACGGUGCGGUCAUUGUAUAAUGAUUUUGAGCACUCUGAGGAUGGUGACGUGAAGAAGGAUGGAACUGAUAAUGUAGCAGUGGGUGAGGGGAACAGCCUGACUAAAGCAAAUGAUGUUGAAUCAGAAACUAUGGAACUAAGUUCUCAGGACAAUGCUACUCUGAAUGGGUUAACCAGCUCCUCAUUGUCUAUGGUGGAACCAUCUCAUAGUACUUUUGAGCAUCCUGAGAGUGAUGACAUGAAGAAGGAUGGGAAUGACCCGCUAGUAGUUUGUCUUGGACAGAGCCUGACUGAAGCAUAUAAUGAUGUGGAGCCCGAGAAUAUAGAAUUCACUUUUCAGCAAAAUGCUACUCAAGAUGAGUUAGCUAGCUUUUCAGAGCCUAUGGUGCAAGUGCAACCAUUCGACAACUCUACUGGCAUUCUUUCAGGAUCAAAUAAGGACGAUGGCGAAGUUUCUGCUAUUGGUCAGACUCUGGAUAAUGGAACCGGGUUCGAGGAGUUUAGGCUGGAUGAGAUAGAACACUUUGAAUACAGCUUUGAUGUUGGUCAUCAAUCUCCUUCUUUACCCGUAGCUUCUAUUGGGUUGAGCAAUGAUGCAAGGAUGGAAGAGGCUUUUGCAUCGGUUGGAUUUGAUUCUGGAGGAAUCAUUUUAAACAUGGAAGAUCAGCUUUCAACAAUAUGUGUGUGGUGCAGAGCAGAGUUCAAGCUCGAAGCUUAUGAUACAGAAGCUCAUUCAGAUUCAAUUGGAUUUAUGUGUCCAGACUGCAAGGCUAAAAUAUCUGGACAUCUGGAGAGUGGUCUUUCCUUGAGUCCUCACGGUUUCUGAUUUUCCACUGGGCCAUCUCGUUGCGCUUGCUGCUCAAUGUCUUUAUACAUGUGGAGAUGCAGGUCUAUUUUCCGGCCUAAAGAGAUGGCUGUUACAAAGCAUGCAUGUGCUCUUUUCUUAGGAGAUGGAGUUUUAGCUGGAAUCCGCAGUUUGCUGUAAAUUCAUCUAUCGAAUAGUGUAGUUUGUAGUAUCCCGCAUUCUGAUAUGUUUAACUUACGGAAGACAGCAGAUGUGUCUCUAUACAUGAAUUGAACAGUGUAUAUUUUGGUUAUGUGUAUAUAUCUGUUUACGUAUGU